GUUCAUUGGUUCAUCUCUUAAUCUACGCCCCGCUCUUGCUUAAAAGACGGUACGAUACGAACGCGAAAAGAUCUAGCUUCAUAAAUUUCCCAUCCAAGGCGAAUUGGCAACAUUUCUCUUACUUGAGCUAGCCAAGGAGCAUCGAAACUUAAUAUAACGGGAUUCUAGGACUCAAUAAAAAGCCCAUUUAUUCUGCAUAGCAUAUUCUAAAUGCUACAUCUGCAGACACGCGCGGCGCCCUUGUCCAUUUGAUGAAAUUGGACCUGCCGAUACUCGUCUUCCUGCCACCCUAUAGUAUUGCCGUCAACAAGCAAGCUCUUCAACACGAACUACCCCCAAGAUGGCGGACCACCAUCGAGAUGUGUCGCAGUACAAGUACUCGGCUAUGUCCAAUCUGGUUCUCCAGGCGGACAGACGGUUUGUUACGCGACGAACCGACGAGGCUACUGGCGACCCCGAGUCUCUUGCAGGUCGUCUGAGAAUCAACGACAUGGGCUCCAGAGUCGCGCGCGACGCUGCACCCAAACAGAAGAAGGCCACAGGCUUGCAAGAUAUCGAAAGGGGGGACGUGCAAGAAGGCAAAGAUAUCCUAGCCCGCGAACAAAGAAAGGGUAAAGGUGACCCGUCGCAGAUGAGAGGAACUGGUAUCCUCGGGCAGACAGAUCUGCUAGUCGAAGGCCUCAGAUACCGACCGCGUAUACCGGCCACCCGUGCCACCUAUGACCUCAUAUUAAAUGUUGUAAGGAGUAAUUUGGGUGAUGUAUCCCAUGAGAUUGUUUUGAGUGCAGCAGACGCUGUCUUAGAAUAUCUUAAAGAUGAGGAUAUGAAGGACUUCGACAAGAAGAAGGAAAUCGACGACCUAUUAGGUGCGACUUUAAAUCCUAAGCAGUUCAACGAGUUGGUCAACCUCGGAAAGAAAAUUACAGAUUAUGAUACCCAAAAUGACGACGAAGAUAUGGAUACAGGAACAGGUGCUGCCGAAGGUGAUGAAGAACUUGACGAACGUCAGGGUGUCGCCGUUGUCUUCGAUGAUGAAGAGGAGGACGAAGAAGCAGCCUUGGUCAACGAAAUCAGAGACGACUCUUCAGAUGAUGAAGCAGUCUUCGAUAAAGAUGAGCAGGACUUGGCUGGUCUAGAGGAACAGGCGCCGGCUGGAGGCGCCGGAGAAGACCGAGAUCAUGAAGAGGCGGGCUUGGCCGAUGGUGAGGAAAUGGUAAUUGAUUCUGGUCUGCCUGAUACUAAACGCGGAGGGUCUUCUAAGGAGAAAAACUACAUCCCUGCGCGCCAGAUUGACGCCUACUGGUUACAAAGGGAGAUUGGAAAUAUUUACACCGAUGAUCACAUUCGCCACGAGAAGACCGCUCAAGCUUUACAUAUCCUUUCCGGAGAGCCUGACGAGCCCGGCGGGGACGAGAAGCAGCUGAGAGAGAUCGAAAACGAGUUGAUGGAGCUUCUCGACUACGAACAUCAUGAGGUUGUUCAGAAGUUUAUCGAGAACCGAGAAAAGAUUGUAUGGCUCACGCGUUUAGCCAAGGCAGAGGGUGAUGAGGAAAGAGGUGUUAUCGAGCGGGAGAUGGCUUCCGAAGGCGUCAGAUGGAUCCUGGAUGAGCUUCGAGGCAAAAAGCCUGGUGAUGUUGCGAAGAAGAUGGAGAUUAAGAUGGACAUUGAUGUGCCAACAUCGUUUAGCACAGCGCCAAAGGCUGAGCGAGCGGAAGGUCAACUGGUCGGUGGACUUCAACCACGGAAGUUUAUCAAUCUCGAAAAUCUCAUAUUCGACCAAGGCAACCAUCUUAUGACAAAUCCCAAAGUUAGACUCCCCGAAGGCUCGACCAAGCGAACCUUCAAAGGCUAUGAGGAGAUCCACGUCCCCCCACCUAAGAAACGGAACCAGGCAGAUGAAACCAAUAUCCCCAUCACCGAUAUACCCGAAUGGACACGUGUGCCUUUCAGUUCAGCUAAAUCCCUGAAUAAAAUUCAGACCAUGUGCUACCCGACCGCGUUCGAAGACGAUGGGAAUAUGCUUAUCUGCGCACCGACUGGCAGUGGUAAAACGAACGUAGCUAUGCUAACUAUUCUACGGGAGCUUGGGAAGCACAGGGAUCCGCGGACGGGAGAUAUUGACUUGGAUGCCUUUAAGAUUGUAUACAUUGCGCCUUUAAAGGCUCUAGUCCAGGAGGUCGUUGGAAACUUUGGCGCACGCCUCAAACCAUAUGGCAUUACGGUAGCCGAGUUGACUGGUGAUCGCCAGCUAACCAAGCAGCAAAUCUCCGAGACGCAGAUAAUUGUUACAACCCCCGAGAAGUGGGAUGUCAUCACACGAAAGGCCACAGAUCUAACAUACACCAAUCUCGUGCGACUGAUUAUUAUCGACGAGAUUCACCUUCUACACGACGAUCGUGGACCCGUUAUCGAGAGCAUCGUCAGCAGGACCAUCAGAAAGACAGAGCAAACUGGGGACCCUGUUAGGCUCAUCGGCUUGUCUGCUACUUUACCUAACUACAGAGAUGUGGCUAGCUUCCUUCGUGUAGACCCUGUUAAGGGACUUUUCCACUUCGAUGGCUCCUACAGACCGUGUCCUUUGAGACAGGAGUUUAUCGGGGUUACUGAGAAAAAGGCCAUUAAACAGCUCAAGACGAUGAACGAUAUUACAUAUAAUAAAGUCAUCGAGCACGUGGGUACUCACCGAAACCAGAUGCUCAUUUUUGUCCACUCUCGAAAGGAAACUGCGAAGACCGCCAAGUAUAUUCGGGAUAAAGCUCUCGAGAUGGAGACCAUCAAUCAAAUCCUGAAGCAUGAUUCAGGCUCGAGGGAAGCUCUGAGUGAGAUUGUUAACGAUAUCUCGGAUGCCGACUUGAAGGACCUUAUCCCCUAUGGAUUCGGUAUUCACCAUGCCGGUAUGAGUCGUAUCGACCGAUCCGAAGUCGAGGGUCUUUUCUCUGCCGGUCUAAUUCAGGUCCUUGUUUGUACGGCUACUCUUGCUUGGGGUGUCAACCUGCCAGCACAUACCGUCAUCAUCAAGGGCACGCAGGUCUAUUCCCCGGAGAAAGGUAGUUGGGUGGAGUUAAGCCCGCAGGACGUCCUACAGAUGUUGGGUCGUGCUGGGCGACCCCAGUAUGAUACAUACGGUGAGGGCAUUAUAAUUACGUCCCAAGGUGAAAUGCAGUACUAUCUGUCGUUACUCAACCAACAGCUACCAAUCGAGAGUCAGUUGGCUAGUAAGCUUGUCGAUAACCUCAAUGCAGAAAUCGUCUUGGGCAAUGUCCGAAGUCGUGAUGAAGGAGUAGAAUGGUUGGGGUACACCUAUCUCUUCGUUCGAAUGCUAAGAUCGCCUGGCCUUUACAGCGUCGGAGCCGACUACGAGGAUGACGAGGCCUUAGAACAAAAGCGAGUUGAUCUUAUACACUCAGCAGCCACUGUGCUAAAGAAGUCUAAUCUAAUCACCUAUGAUGAGAAGACUGGGAAGGUUAAGGCAACUGAGCUUGGAAGAAUAGCAUCCCACUACUACAUUACCUACGGGUCGAUGGAUACCUACAACAAGCUAAUUCAGCCUUCGAUCACAACAAUUGAGCUUUUCCGAGUAUUUGCUCUCAGUGCUGAGUUUAAGUAUAUACCUGUCCGCCAAGAUGAGAAGUUAGAACUGGCGAAGAUUUUAGCUCGGGUACCAAUUCCCGUGAAGGAAAGCAUCGAGGAGCCACACUGCAAGAUUAAUGUCUUGUUACAGGCGUAUAUCAGCCGUCUCAAGCUUGAAGGUCUAGCUCUCAUGGCCGAUAUGGUCUACGUUACGCAAUCUGCUGGUCGUAUCCUUCGCGCUAUUUUUGAAAUUACUCUUCAAAAAGGCUGGUCCAACGUUGCAAAAACAGCCCUGGAUUUGUGUAAAAUGGCAGAGAAGAGGAUGUGGCUAACCAUGACGCCUCUACGGCAAUUCCCUCGGUGUUCUCGUGAUAUCAUAGCCAAAGCUGACAGAUUAGAUAUCCCGUGGAGCAGCUAUUUCGACCUCGACCCUCCCCGGAUGGGGGAGCUGCUUGGAAUGCCGAAAGCAGGGCGUAUUGUCUGUGAUCUAGUAUCUAAAUUCCCGCGGGUUGAGAUCCAAGCGCAGGCUCAGCCGAUGACCCGUUCCAUGCUUCGAGUUGAACUGUCUAUUACACCCAACUUCCAAUGGGAUGACGAAGUACAUGGGUCGGCAGAGCUCUUCUGGAUCAUCGUCGAAGAUUGUGAUGGCGAAGAUAUUUUAUUCUAUGACCAAUUCCUCUUGCGCAAGGACUAUGCUAUGUCGGAAUCGAACGAGCACUUAGUCGACUUUACAGUCCCCAUCACCGAUCCUAUGCCACCUAAUUACUUCAUUUCUGUCAUUUCUGAUAGAUGGUUGCAAUCGGAGACGAAGUUGGCUGUCUCCUUUCAAAAGCUUAUUUUGCCUGAGAAAUUCCCGCCCCAUACCCAACUUCUAGACCUGCAGCCUCUCCCAGUCGCUGCGUUGAAGGCGAAGGACUUUUCCAACUUGUACGAGUCUUGGAACUACUUUAACAAAAUCCAGACGCAGACUUUUAAUUCCCUUUAUACGACGGAUGACAACGUCUUGAUCGGUGCCCCAACCGGUAGUGGGAAAACUGUCUGCGCCGAGUUCGCCCUUUUGCGCCUAUGGUCGAAACCAGAGAUUGGCCGCGCUGUAUACAUCGCGCCGUUUCAAGAAAUCGUCGACAUUAGAUAUCAGGACUGGAGCAAGCGACUUAGUCAUCUACGUGGCGGUAAGGAGAUCGUUAAACUUACUGGAGAAACGGCGACAGAUCUAAAGUUGCUCGAGAAGGGAGAUCUCAUCCUAGCUACGCCAACGCAGUGGGAUGUUCUCUCUAGGCAGUGGCAGAGACGCAAGAAUAUUCUUACGGUUGAACUAUUCAUUGCCGAUGAGCUUCAUCUGCUCGGCGGUCCGCUAGGGUAUAUUUACGAGAUCAUAGUAUCUCGCAUGCACUAUAUUCGUACCACUGCUCAACUAGCAAUGAGGAUCGUUGGGUUGAGCGUUUCACUUGCGAAUUCUCGGGACAUUGGCGAAUGGAUUGACGCUAAGAAGAAGGAUGUAUACAAUUUCAGUCCUCAUGUCCGCCCCGUACCCCUCGAGCUACGCAUCCAAUCUUUCUCCAUUCCUCAUUUCCCAUCACUUAUGCUUGCUAUGGCCAAACCAGCAUACCUUGCGAUCACUGAGUUGUCAUCCGAUCAACCGGCUCUGGUUUUUGUGCCGAGCAGGAAGCAAACGAGGUCAAGUGCUCGUGACAUUCUUGCAGCCUGCCUAGCGGAAGAUGACGAAGACAGGUUUUUGCAUGUGGACAUUGAUCAGCUUCGCCCGCUCUUGGAGCGUAUUCACGAGGAGGCUUUGGCCGAAGCUCUAUCGCACGGUGUUGGAUACUACCAUGAAGCUCUCAGCCAGAGUGAUAAGCGUAUUGUUCUCCACCUAUACAAACAAGGUGCAAUCCAGGUCUUAGUCGCAUCUCGUGACGUGUGCUGGGAGCUGGACUGCACUGCACACCUGGUAGUGGUAAUGGGUACUCAGUAUUUCGAGGGCCGGGAGCACCGUUACGUCGAUUACCAGUUGAGCGAAGUGCUGCAGAUGUUCGGAAAAGCUUUACGACCAUCUCGAGACGGUCGUAGUAGGGGCGUCCUCAUGGUUCCGGCUGUCAAGAGAGAAUACUUCAAGAAGUUCCUAAACGAAGCCCUUCCAGUUGAGUCGCACCUUCACAAUUUUAUGCACGACGCUUUCGUUACCGAGGUCAGCACGAAGAUGAUCGAGUCAGCAGAUGACGCUAUCAACUGGACGACGUUUACGUAUUUCUACCGUCGACUUCUAGCGAACCCGAGUUACUACAGUUUAACGAGUCCGACGCAUGAUGGCCUGAGCAGCUACCUUUCUGACUUAGUUGAGACUACGCUAAAGGAGCUCACCGAGUCUAAGAUCAUCGACUUCGAUGAAGAUGACGGCUCGGUCGCCCCUCAGAAUGCGGCUAUGAUUGCGGCAUACUAUAACAUCUCAUACAUCACAAUGCAGACGUUCCUGCUUUCAUUGACUGCGAGAACGAAGCUCAAGGGUAUACUAGAAAUCGUAACGUCGGCUACAGAAUUUGAGUCGAUCCAGAUCCGUCGGCAUGAAGACAACCUGCUUCGACGAAUCUACGACAGGGUCCCAGUCAAAAUGUCCGAACCAGCAUAUGACUCGCCGCAUUUCAAGGCGUUCGUGUUACUACAAGCACACUUUUCCCGAAUGCAACUUCCUAUCGAUCUAGCUAAGGACCAAGAAGUAAUUAUAUCGAAGGUAUUAAGUCUCCUCAGCGCGACAGUUGACGUUCUGUCGUCGGACGGGCAUCUAAAUGCCAUGAAUGCCAUGGAAAUGUCGCAGAUGGUGGUCCAAGCCAUGUGGGACCGUGACAGUCCUUUGAAACAAAUUCCUCAUUUUACGCCCGAGGUAGUAAAGGUGGCGAACGAGUUUGGAAUUAAUGACAUUUUCGAUUUCAUGGAAGCAAUGAACCCCGAAGAGAAUGCCAAUUAUGGUACUCUUAUCAAACGCCUGGGUUUGUCGCAGGCCCAGUUAGGCCAGGCGGCGGCUUUCACAAACAAUAAAUACCCUGAUAUCUCACUUGAGUUCGAGCUCAUAGAUGAGGAUAGCAUUCGUGCUGGAGAGCCGGCGUACAUGAACGUCCAGAUCGACCGCGAGGUUGAAGAGGACGGAGAGGUUGACACGACAGUCCACGCUCCAUUCUACCCCACCAAGAAGGUGGAGAACUGGUGGCUGGUCGUUGGAGAGGAGAGCACAAAGAUGCUGCUGGCUAUCAGGCGAGUCACGAUUGGCCGACAACUCAAGACUAAGUUGGAGUACACAGUCCCGACACCGGGCAAGCAUGAUCUGAAGCUAUUCUUAAUGAGUGACAGCUACGUCGGUGUGGAUCAGGAGCCAACGUUUUCCGUCACGGUCGCGGAGGGCAUGGAUGUGGAUUCGGAUGAGGAGGAGGAAGAUGAUGAAUAGAAACCUCGUGAUGUCCCUGUGGAACUUACCAUGCGUGAGAUCAGAUCCAUCUGCUGUACGAAAAGCUUACUGUACAUAUAGAAAACCAUUCAAAGGCGAUUAAAGGGUUCCCUGGUGAAUUAUCUUGGAAAUAGGGAUAUAUAUCAAAACUUUUA